AUGUCUGGACGUGGUAAAGGAGCAAAGGCAAAGAGCAAGGCCAAGAGCCGAUCAACCCGUGCAGGGCUUCAGUUCCCUGUCGGUCGUGUCCACCGUUUCCUCCGCAAGGGAAACUAUGCCAACCGUGUUGGUGCUGGAGCUCCAGUAUACCUGGCUGCCGUUCUCGAGUACCUGACCGCUGAGAUCCUCGAGCUCGCCGGCAACGCCGCCCGCGACAACAAGAAGAGCAGGAUCAUCCCCCGUCACCUUCAGCUCGCCGUCCGUAACGACGAGGAACUCAACAAGCUUCUUGGAGGAGUUACCAUCGCACAGGGUGGUGUUCUCCCCAACAUCCAGGCUGUCCUUCUCCCCAAGAAGACCGGCAAGUCUGCUUAA